AUGCAAUCAAGUGGAACGAUGAUACGUAAAGAAUUAAAUAGAAUUAAGAAUUCUGUUAUUAAAGAAGCAAAGAAAACAGAUUGCCAUGCAUCGAAAAUAACAGCAGACACUGAGUACUUAUCAUCAUCUGAUUGCUUAUCACCCUCAUCAAUAAUUUGUUUAUCACCAAUGGCCCUUCCUGUUUUAAGCGACAAUUUUACAACGAAUUUGAUUAUCGAUGCCGAUUCGGCUUAUCGAACGGGUACAUCCGAUUCCAGUCCAUCAUCAAUGUGUUCAAACGUUGAAGGUUUUCUUUUGCGAAAAAACUGUCCAGAGCUGCAUCGGUCAAUAGGCUCUAAAAAUCUAGAAAUACACCGAGUCAAUAAUCGCAAUCGUCGGGCGUAUGAAAGACGACAAGCUACACUCUGGUCGAAGAAACCAUUAGCUACGUGGAACCUCGACGAUGUGCUUCUCUGGCUUCAGCACUGCAAACUCGAUGAAGUUGCAUCAAUAAUGAUUGGAUAUGAACUAAAUGGUAAUGAUAUUGAAAAAUGGGAUCAUCAAGCAUUAGAGCAGCUUGGCUUAUCGGAGAAAAAUGUUCGAAAUAAAGUGCUUCAAGAACUCGAUGCAAUUAAAGAAAAACAGAAUAAACGCGCAGAAAAUGAAAAAUGCGACGAACGAAUUAUUAAAAAACGAAGUAAACCACACAUACCAUUAUUUAAAUUGGUCCGUUCAACCAGUUAUGAUAAAGUAGUUGCCGUUGAAACGCCUUUGACUAUAAGAGAUGUAGCGGUGGCUGAAGGAAGAUUUGGGUGCCUCCAGGUCACAAAAGUUAAUGGGGCCAAUGUACCACUUAAGGAACAGGAUUGUUUCCUUGAGAUCAAUGAAAAACCUGGUCAGUUAUUUCGUUCGCCAUUGAUGUUUACGAAACUGGUUAGUGAAGCAGCUGGCGAACCUAUUCGUCUUGUUGUUUUACGUCGUCGUUCAAUGUCUGACGUUGAUGAUGAUGAUGAUGAUGAUGAUGAUUAUUAUUUUAACGAAGGUAAUUACCUGCAGCGAACUAUAAAUGCUGUUGAACAGGUCAGCAAAAUUAAUUUCCUAUCGUAA